AACUCCAAACAUCAUAUUCAAAAUCAUCAUAUCUACUAGCAAUCAAAAGAUCAGACAAUCAAUUCAUAUAUCAAAACGAAAGCAGAAAAGAGAGUUAAAAGUUUACAACAAAAUCAAAAUGAGUUCAAGCAGGAGAGCGUGGAUAGUAGCAGCCAGUGUUGGAGCAGUUGAAGCCUUAAAAGAUCAAGUUGGAUUGUGUAGAUGGAAUUACCCAUUGAGGUCUUUGGCACAACACACAAAGAAUAACAUCAGAUCUUACUCUCAAGCUAAGAAACUUUCUUCUUCUUCACUUAUUGCAAGGAGCGACAAGGCAAAACAAUCUGAAGAGUCUUUGAGGACAGUUAUGUACUUGAGCUGUUGGGGUCCAAACUGAAGACCUGAAGAAGGAGAUAGAAAUGUAUUAGGCUAUGGAUUGUAAAUAGUAAAUACUUAAUGGCAUGCCAUUUCAACGAUAAGAAUGUAUUCCGAAAUCUUUCGAACAAUUAUAUGUGAAAAUAUAAAUAUGGCUGAUAUUCCCAUGA